GAUUCCCGUUAACGCUCUCGCUGCUGGUGACAAUAACCGUGAGCUUCUCAUUCGAUGCUACGAUUUUGACACGAUGAACGACAACGAUCUCAUUGGUGUGUUCAUGACGACGCCCGCGGAGCUGAUUGGCUGCGCGACGGAGAGCACGAGCCGCGCCUUCUCCUGUAUCAACCCGAAGAAAACCGCGAAGAAAAAAUACGUCGACUCGGGAAAGAUCGAACUGCUUCACUGCAAGGUGCUUCAUCGUCGUCGUGGCAACGCGAACGCAUAAUCCGCCAUCGUCGACGGUAUCCGUGAUAACGAGGGAUUACUCAUUCCUUGACUACAUUUUUGGAGGCAUGCAACUCAACUUCUCAGUGGCUGUGGACUUUACUGCAUCCAACGGGAACCCCACUGAGCCUGGCUCACUGCACUACAUCA